CGGGCACAACCAGCAAAGCUCUCCGCCUCUGCUCACGCCUCUGCUCACUCCCGGCAGACCUGCCAGGACUGGCGCUUGCUAGCGAGCAUCAUGGCCGCCAAAUGUGGGAAGUGUGGACCCGGCUACCCCUCCCCACUGGAGGCCAUGAAAGGUCCCAGAGAGGAGAUUGUCUACCUGCCCUGUAUUUACCGAAACACGGGCAUUGAGGCCCCGGAUUAUCUGGCCACCAUAGACGUUGACCCCAAGUCUCCCCAGUAUUGCCAGGUCAUCCACCGGCUGCCCAUGCCCAACCUGAAGGACGAGCUGCAUCACUCGGGGUGGAACACCUGCAGCAGCUGCUUCGGCGACAGCACCAAGUCACGCACCAAGCUGAUGCUGCCCAGCCUCAUUUCCUCCCGCAUCUACGUGGUGGACGUGGGCCUGGAGCCCCGGGCCCCGAGGCUGCACAAGAUCAUUGAGCCCGAGGACAUCCAUGCCAAGUGUGGCCUGGGCUUUCUCCAUACCAGCCACUGCCUGGCCAAUGGGGAGGUGAUGAUCAGCUCCCUGGGAGACCCCAAGGGCAAUGCCAAAGGGGGUUUUGUCCUGCUGGAUGGGGAGACAUUCGAGGUGAAGGGGACGUGGGAGCAACCUGGGGAUGCUGCUCCAAUGGGCUAUGACUUCUGGUACCAGCCUCGGCACAAUGUCAUGAUCAGCACCGAAUGGGCAGCUCCCAAUGUCCUACGAAACGGCUUUAACCCUGCUGAUGUGGAGGCAGGGCUGUACGGGAGCCACUUACACGUGUGGGACUGGCAGCGCCACAAGAUCGUGCAGACCCUGCCACUACAGGACGGGCUCAUCCCCCUGGAGAUCCGCUUUCUGCACAACCCGGCCGCUGACCAGGGCUUCGUGGGUUGUGCCCUCAGCUCCAACAUCCAGCGUUUCUACAAGAAUGAGGGAGGUACGUGGUCAGUGGAGAAGGUGAUUCAGGUGCCCCACAAGAAAGUGAAGGGCUGGUUGCUGCCCGAAAUGCCAGGCCUUAUCACUGACAUCCUGCUGUCUCUGGAUGACCGCUUCCUCUACUUCAGCAACUGGCUGCACGGGGACCUGCGGCAGUAUGAUAUCUCCAACCCGCAGAAGCCCCGCCUCACAGGACAGCUGUUCCUGGGAGGCAGCAUUGUUAAAGGAGGCUCCGUGCAGGUGCUAGAGGACCAGGAGCUGAAAUCCCAGCCGGAGCCCCUGGUGGUCAAGGGGAAGCGGGUGGCUGGAGGCCCUCAGAUGAUCCAGCUUAGCCUAGACGGGAAGCGUCUCUAUGUCACCACAUCGCUGUACAGUGCCUGGGACAAGCAGUUUUACCCUGAUCUUAUCAGGGAAGGCUCCGUAAUGCUGCAGGUCGAUGUAGACACAGUACACGGAGGGCUAAAGUUGAACCCCAACUUCCUGGUGGACUUCGGGAAGGAGCCCCUUGGCCCAGCCCUAGCCCAUGAGCUCCGGUACCCUGGGGGCGACUGCAGCUCUGACAUUUGGAUUUAAAAUCCACCCCUGAUGGCUCCCACCCCACAGUCUAAGGCCUCAUAUCUGGGGCUCCACAGGGACCUGGCCUCACUCCACUCUUGGCUCCCACCCAACCCAUUGCAGCUUGUCCCGCCAGAGCCAGAUGAGGCUGUUUGUUUUAGUGUAUUCAGAAGUGUCUCCAUUUACUGACCCCUGUUGCAUGUUGCUCAUGGUACAGUUCUUACAUGAAUUCUUGGCAGCACCAAGAAAUAAACUGGUAAACCUAUUUCUCAGA